UUUGUGGACAUGGGGAGAUGUGUGUGGACAUGAGGAGAUGUGUGUGGACAUGGGGAGAUGUGUGUGGACAUGUGUGUGCGCUCUGUGCCAGGCUGGAGCCUGCUAGUUGUAGCGUGUAGUCUUUAACAUAGACGGCUUUAAUAUUGUGUGAACAGGCACCAACAACAUCAGCUGCAUCUUGUAGAAGCCCACAGAAAUAACCUCUGAGAAGGCUGUCUUCCAACCAAAUCUCCGGUACCUGAGUAUAACACGAAAACCCCCACUUACACAACUCAAAGUCCGGUUCCUAUGAAAAUUAAUAACAUUUAAGGAUUGUUUUCCGUGUUGUUAUGGAAGUCAUGCUGUUUUUGAAACUUUGGCUAUUGUUUCUUUGUCAAUCUGCUAUUAAACAGCUGAGGGUUGUUCUUCAAAGACAGCUUUUUAAACGCCACCAAGCGUGUACUUGCUUAUGAAAGACAAAAUGUUGUAUUCAUAUUUAAUUUUCUUUGGUUGACUUUGUGUUGGGAUUAGCCAGCACAGUUUGUCCUAAUCCUCCCUUUAUAAGCCUUUUUCAAGGUUGCUUUCACUCUUCAUUUAGUUUGGCUUUACACAGCCGAACAGAAUCACACUCAAGGUGAAUAAAUUGAUGUGUUGCCUGCUCUUUAGUUUAUGAGUCGUGACGUUGUAUGAAUAAACCAAUCAUGCUCAUUAUGAGAAUGUAUUUGAAAAACCUUAAGUGGUAAUUAAUUAAUAUAGAAUAAUGUCAAAUAAAAGAAGGGCAACGGUGAGAGAUAUAGAAGGUUCUGAGCAGUCUGGGAGGUUCUGAGCAGAACAUCUGGGAGGUUCUGAGCAGUCUGGGAGGUUCUGAGCAGUCUGGGAGGUUCUGAGCAGUCUGGGAGGUUCUGAGCAGACCGUCUGGGAGGUUCUGAGCAGACCGUCUGGGAGGUUCUGAGCAGUCUGGGAGGUUCUGAGCAGACCGUCUGGGAGGUUCUGAGCAGAACGUCUGGGAGGUUCUGAGCAGACCGUCUGGGAGGUUCUGAGCAGACCGUCUGGGAGGUUCUGAGCAGACCGUCUGGGAGGUUCUGAGCAGACCGUCUGGGAGGUUCUGAGCAGUCUGGGAGGUUCUGAGCAGACCGUCUCUGUAGAUAUUGCAAUAUUUGUAUUUGUUUCUGCUUUCCUGAACCACAUGUGCUGGGUGGCCCCUGUAGUCGUUUAAUGAGGGAAAUGCUAAAAGAAUAAAGAUAAAUGGUACUAUGAGCCAACAAGCAGUAAAUAUGUUCUGCUGUUUCUUAAGAGCAGGGACAUACAGUCAGAGUACAUCAUUAAAUGCAUUGAACUAGUUUAUCACCAGAGAGAACGCUGUAUUGAGCUAUUAUAUUCCACCCACACUACGUCUAAAGUCGUAAACCAAACCUUCAGUACGUUUAGAGUACAUUAAGACAAACAUAGGCCAGGAUUUCACACAUCUUGCACACAUUCAGAGCGUAACUCAAUCAGGCUUGAUUCUCUUUCUAAUCACAGGAUUCACACCAAGGCUGUAAAUCCUCCCACGUUUGAAUGCAUUUAAUGAAACACGACAGAUGUGAACGCACCCUAAGAAUCCGCUCCUUUCUCAGAGGAAAGGCUGCCUGGCUCACGUCUCACUAGGCCCCUCGCUUGUGAUUGGUCACGGAACGGAGUGAUGAGGAAUUAAAGGCUGGAAAUGACAGAGGGAUCGCAUCGCCUCUGGAUGACUGAGUUAGUCAUUUGCGUCAAAAGUAUGUAGAGUGAUGGAUGGUAAAGGUGAAUGACAUAUUUCUUAAUUUGCCGCAAUUUCCUGCCCCUAAAAACCCACCCGCUGUUAAAAUAGUCUUUCUCCCAGUGAUGCAAUGGAACAUUUGAGGGUCUAUUAUUUACAUAAGUACCCAAGUCCACACAACAGCCCCCCUCGCUGAAACAUAAACACAGCGGAGUACUGACAGCAAAAUGCAGACAGAUUCAACUCUGGGUAUUGGUACUGGUCCCAUACGGUCAUACUCAGCCUAUCAGGAGCAGCGCUCCAUACGGUCAUACUCAGCCUAUCAGGAGCAGCGCUCCAUACGCUCAUACUCAGCCUAUCAGGAGCAGCGCCCCAUACGCUCAUACUCAGCCUAUCAGGAGCUGAACACCAAGGAGCAGCGCCCCAUACGCUCAUACUCAGCCUAUCAGGAGCAGCGCUCCAUACGCUCAUACUCAGCCUAUCAGGAGCAGCGCUCCAUACGCUCAUACUCAGCCUAUCAGGCGCAGCGCUCCAUACGGUCAUACUCAGCCUAUCAGGAGCAGCGCUCCAUACGGUCAUACUCAGCCUAUCAGGAGCAGCGCUCCAUACGGUCAUACUCAGCCUAUCAGGAGCAGCGCUCCAUACGGUCAUACUCAGCCUAUCAGGAGCAGCGCUCCAUACGCUCAUACUCAGCCUAUCAGGAGCAGCGCUCCAUACGCUCAUACUCAGCCUAUCAGGAGCAGCGCCCCAUACGCUCAUACUCAGCCUAUCAGGAGCUGAACACCAAGGAGCAGCGCCCCAUACGCUCAUACUCAGCCUAUCAGGAGCAGCGCUCCAUACGCUCAUACUCAGCCUAUCAGGAGCAGCGCCCCAUACGGUCAUACUCAGCCUAUCAGGAGCAGCGCCCCAUACGCUCAUACUCAGCCUAUCAGGAGCAGCGCUCCAUACGCUCAUACUCAGCCUAUCAGGCGCAGCGCUCCAUACGGUCAUACUCAGCCUAUCAGGCGCAGCGCUCCAUACGGUCAUACUCAGCCUAUCAGGCGCAGCGCUCCAUACGGUCAUACUCAGCCUAUCAGGAGCAGCGCUCCAUACGGUCAUACUCAGCCUAUCAGGAGCAGCGCUCCAUACGGUCAUACUCAGCCUAUCAGGAGCAGCGCUCCAUACGGUCAUACUCAGCCUAUCAGGCGCAGCGCUCCAUACGGUCAUACUCUAGUAUUUGGUGGUUCAGUGGAACCCGUUCUGCAGGGACAAGGUCUGGUUCCCCACAGGCUGGUUCUGCCCAGCCUGUAAGAGGGCUGGUAGGAUGGGACAGUAACACCACUGUCUCAGGGACUGUUUGUACUGCCCCACCCUUACGGUCCCUGUAGCCGGGCCUCUCUCUGCCUUUAUAAACACGCACACACGUCUGCACGCGCGUGUGACCCUGCAUCAUGAAGAGUGAUGUAGGCAGGCCGGCCCCAGAGGCUGUGACGUGGCGCGGUGGAAACCCUGGAGCUCACCGUCUCGCCCGCAAGUCAGCUGAGACACUGGGCUGACAUCACAGCCACUUGUGGAAAGACACAGUAACAUGCUAAGCUGCUUCUGUCCCAUGCCCGCAAGCUGCUUUUAGACCUGCUGUGUGGGUACAUUUCCACUGGGAGUUAACUGGCUUUGGUCCCUCUCCCUCCCUUUCCUAUCACUCUCUCUCUACCAGCUCCUAGUGUCUUGCCUAACUCUGUCCCUUAUUCACUCCCUCUCUGGUUGUGUCUAUGAACACUCUCCCCCUCACCCUCUAUCUCUCCCCCUAUCUCUCUCUACAACCGAAGCACCAGGGCUGCCUUGACGGCCCCGUCGUUGUUUAGCCCUGCGGUCAGUGGGCCGCUGCUCUCCAUUCUGCUUAGUCAUCCUUGUGCUAAACCGGCCGUAUAAACAGGCCAGGCUAACUAAAUAGUUGGCCAGUGGGGGGGAGGGGUUAAGGGGAGUUCAGCCAUUUGCAGUUCCUCCCCGGUGGCUGUAAAUGCGUUCUCUGUGAGGGCCCCGCUGGCGUGUAGACGUGGCAGGGGGCCAGGGCCCAACAGUUUAUGUGCAUUGAGGGAUAUUUACAGUAGCAAUGCUUCUAGGUGUUGGAAAAGUACAUCUCUGACAACUCUGGGCCUGGUAGCGUUCCAAAACCGGACCCUUUGCAGCCUGUAUCUGAUCACUGGCUCUUCAGUGUACUGAAGGUUUCUCUCUGCAUCACACGUCCAGAGCUCAAUGAAUAAGUGAAACUAUUCAAUGUGGUAUCCUAGGAACAACCCAAACCAACAACCUGCUCACCAACGCAUCCACUGGUUCUGAGUGGCAUGGUUCAUCCGCGUUGUCCAACAUCUGCAGUCAACGUCCCCACACACAUACACCGAGACCUGGGAGGAGGACACUCAGGGCCCCCUAGUGCUCACUCUGAGACACAGCACAAGGCGCUCGUGUUACUGGUGAAUGUAGUUUACGCCUUGUUCACACUACAUGAGUCCGUCGACGGAUGACCUAGGGCGUGUUUGAUGUAUAGGGGACUAGUCUUUGUAGACGCAUACUGCAGCCAAUCAAAUCGCUUCCCGCUACAAAGCCGAUGUGUGGAUAUAAAUACAAAAGAUGACACAAACAACAGGUGACUAAAAACAAUCCUAUCAUUCCACAUUUCUUUAAAAAAAUAUAACGGCCGGACUUUUCCUGCUUCUUCCUG